UGAAGAAUAAUUCAGUCUAAAACUGGCAUCGAGAUGAACUCUAUAACUAAAUUGUAGAUAAGAUAUGAAUUCAUAUGCAGUAAUAAAGCUUGUUCACUUAAAAUGUUUGAAAUGUUAAGACGAAUUUGGUUUUUGUUCCACUUCGUAUGGUACGUACAAGCAGAAUACAAAUGUGUCUGUAGUUUCGAUGGAGCAAGACCGGUAUUCAUAAAGGCUGACAAGAACUCUGACGUUAUCGGCUUCUUAGCAACCAAUGGCUGCCGUCAGUUUGUAUAUCCGGUGGACGAAAACUGGAACGCAAUUGUGUUUAUGCAUCAGUUAGGCUUCCUCAUGUCCAACACAAGCAUGAUACACACCUGCUUUUCUGAUCCAGUUGACUCAUUCACAACAGAUGGGACAAACCAUGCAACAUCUAUGACACUAUCCACACCUACAUUUACGAGUACGACAACUCAAUCGACGACACGAACAACGAACAUUUCUUUUAAUACACCUAGCCAUUCAUCUUCAACUGCGACAAAAGCGACGACUAUUGCUACACAACAUCCAACGACUACAAUUUCGACUACAGAAACAAGCGUACCAGAAGAUCAUAUUGAACUAUGCCCCGACCAUGUGAAGGGUGAUCUCAGCAUCUUCGGAGGAUACUUGGGCCAGUUCGGCGACUAUUGCUUCGAAUUGGUGAACGUCUCCACCCAGUGGUAUAACGGACAGAGACACUGCACAGAUGCCGGUGGAGGGUAUCUCGCCCACGUGUCUAACAAGGCAGAACAGGACUUCGUCGUGCGCUUCCUUGAGAAACACCAUUAUGUGGAGUCCGUCUGGUUGGGUUUGACGGACUCCGAAACGGAAGGGAAGACCACUGAGGGACAUUGGUCGUGGAUUUCCGGCGUCCCAGUGACAUAUACCAACUUUGGGCAUGAUUACAAUGGCAACGGCGUUAUAACCCAUGAACGGAAUGACUGCGUGAUUAUGAAGCAGGGUGGAGAGUGGACGGACGUGCAUUGUGGAGUAUCUUUCUUUUUCGGGACAGGGUUCGGAGAGAGUCACCCCUUCAUCUGCCAAUUCAGAAUGGCUACGGUAAAUUUUUGUUUGGAACCACUCAAAGACUUUCCCAAAAAGAAGGUAUGAAGAUAUCACUGAGACAUACAAUAUGUUAUAUAUAACAAAAUUUGCCAUGAAAACACGAUACGAAUUCAGUGAGAACAAAUUUACGAGCAUUUCUUCAUCUCAUUUAUAAACGCAAAGGUGUUCAACUAACAUAGUUUCAAUAUGCAACAAUUCUCAGUACACUUGAAACAAAUUACUUACUAUUCAAAAUGAAAUUAACAAACUCACCAGCAUGUGCGUUCGACCAGUGCAAAGAAGAAACUAGUGAGUACAAUUUAAGAGAAUCUCCGUUUGCCAUGUUCAAAACAAAACUUCUUUAGAACACAAAUGGUUAGCCAAAUGUCUUAAAUGUUAUGAAUCAUAUUAUAAUUCAAUAGCAAUGCUGUUAACAACAUUACUGUGUCACACAAUGCAAAUGAAAGCUUGAUUUUUCAAGAGGUCGAAUUUUGAGCGUUGUGCUCUCAACUAAGGUAAUUGUUUUGUUUAUUAUCAGUUAACUUACAAUCAUUUGGUGUACUAUUUAAAAUAUCUUUCUGCUAAAAAAGUCUCAACAAAUGUUUUGCUAAAUUUACAUUUCAACAUAACGGUUGUAUUUAAAUACCUUUUCUAGUUUCAGACCAUGCUCUUCUCGUUAUUAUACAAUAAACUGUACAACCAUAUAAGACUCCUUUACACUAAUAGCCUUUUAUUGUUAUAUACAGAUGCAUAUGUAGCAAAAUUUAUAAAGUCAGAUGACAACAUAUUGCACAAGAUUUUUUAUAUUUAAUGUAAGUCGUCAUUCUCCUCCUGCUUUUAUGUCCUUUUUUCC